CCAUCUCUUCACCUGUCUAAAGUUGACGGGACUGUCAUUUUUCUUGAGAAUACAAUCAUGAGGUCCUUACCGCCAGGUCUGUCCGUCCUAGCAGUUGUUUGGCUGGCGGGGCUUCUGCAGUUUCCGUGCGCAAGGUGUGGUGUUUUACAAAGGCACCGAAGUCUGGUCAAAGAGGACAAUACCUUCUAUUACAACGAUGGAAAGGGAAUACUUGACUUCGAAAUCCGGGAAGAAGCGAACCCCGUAUACCUGCCGGAAGCCGAGGAAUCGACACUAGAACCAGCGCCUACAGAAGCAGAGCCAACCACGGCUGCGGUCCCCACGACCACGGCGGCGGCGCCCACAACCACUACCACCACCCAACAAGCGAACAGUACCACGACAAGCGCGGCUACAGGCAACACCACCACCGUACAACCACCUGUCAACUUUACCACGACACCAUCGAACGCCACGACCGCCGCCCAGCCGCCUGCAAAUGCGACCACCGCCGCCCAGCAAACGACGACGCCAACCUUGGGACCACCGCCUCCGCCCGUGCCCCCGAAGCCGGUCGGCCGGGUAGCCUUCUCCGUCGCGCGGCUAACGCCGUUUGGGCCCCUGAGGAGGGACACGGUCCUGCCGUUCGAACACAUGUUCAGUAACGCCGGGGGAGGGUUCUGUAUGCACACCAGUGUCUUCACUGCACCUGUAUCAGGGACGUAUCAGUUCUGGUGGAGCGGGCAGAAGCGGUCGGAGUGGAAGAUGUACCUGGGGUUGUACAAGAACGGAGAGGAGAUGGCGGGAGUGUACGAAGCAGACAUCGACCCCGCCAGGUUCCCAAACCUCAACCCGCACACCGCCUCCAACACUGUCGUCAUGCACCUGUACGAGAAAGACGAGAUGACAGUGGUGAUAGCUGAGGGAGCGCAAACCUACAGCACGGAGUUCGGCAAAUACACCAGCUUCUCCGGCGUCCUUCUUUUCCCAGACGACCCCGAAGCCUAGAAGUCCUCUGGUCACAGAACUUCUUGUCAGAC